ACAACAAAUUAACAUAAUUCGCAUAUAAUAUCGAAUAAAGUAAAAAUCUCUUAAUUAUUUUGUGAAACUUGUAUUACGUUUAUUGAAUAUAAUGUUACUGCUAUAUAUUUGACUAUAAUCUAAAUUAAAAAAUUUGACAUAUGUAGUAUGUACGACAUACAUAUACGUAGGGUAUUAGAAGUUGUUAUUUUGUCGUACUGUAAAGAUCGAAAUUCUAUAAACAUGGCGAAUGCCAAGAUUGAUGAUUUGACGUAUGAGGGAGAAUUGAAUGAAAGUAAUAUCAGUAAUGGUGCUGAAAACUUGCAAGAUUCUCAAGAAGAGACCGAUACUGCUCUACAGGCUGAUGAGGAACAAAGAGAAAAAUUAGUAAGACUUCCUAUAGGCAGAGUAAGAAAUAUUAUUAAAAUGGAUCCUGAUGUAAAUUUGGUUAAUCAGGAGGCAGUAUUUUUAAUAGCAAAAUCGACGGAACUUUUUAUUGAUUCAUUGGCAAAGGAAGCCUAUAAGUAUACUGUACAAACAAAAAAAAAAACAGUCCAAAAACGAGAUAUUGAAAAUGCAAUUAAUAAUGUAGAUGCACUUGUGUUUUUAGAAGAAAUGCUUGAGUAAAUUAGAAAUUUUUUUAAUUUAUAUUCUAAUUAGUAAGAAUUAUGUAAUAUAAUAUAAAAAAUUGUUUAAUAAAUAUUUUUAUAUUUUCUAACUUUAAUUGUUUUUAUAAUUAAAAUAAGUCCAUACAAGUAUUCUAUAUUUCUUAUAUUUUAUUGUUUGCAUUUUCACAAAAACACUAAUAAAUAACUUGUAUUAAUUAAAAAAUAAUAGAAAGCUUUUAAAUAUGAUUUCAAAAAUUAUCUUUUGUUAAUAUUUUUAUGUUUAUAGAGAUCAUUAUGUUUAUAGAAAGAUAAGGUAUAGAUAAAAUCUAUAUUACUAAAGAAAAAGUAUAUGUUACAAUAUAUAGUAUAGCUUGUACAUCUAAUUUAUAGCUUUAUUGUAAAUUCAUAUGGUAUACAUGUUAAUAGCUGAUAUACUUGCAUAUACAAAGCACUUUAUAAUUUAUGGCAGUACAAAAAAGGAAGCUUUAAUUUAAUUAAAUAUAUAAAAAAAAUUCUUAAAUGAACAUGAAUAUGAAAUUCUAGCAUACUUUGGCACUCUCACAAUUCAAAUUAAUUAUAAUGCAAUGAUCUAUUAUUGACCUGUAUACAUACACAUAUGUACGUGUCUAAAAAGUUUAUAAUACCACCAUUUAAAUAAUACUUUUAGCCAUUGUUAUUUCCUGUUUCUGCAAUUAUAUUCUGUAAAUUAUAAUUAUCAAAUAUUUCUGCUUUUUAUAUUAUUUUCAGCACCUUAACUUAUAAUGCACUUUGUACAAUGCUGAAAAAAUUUGUACAUGUUAUACUUCUCUAAUUAAUUCUAUAUAUAUGUAACAUUUGCAGAAUUGUUGACUUUACCUUUAAGAUUCAUUUAAUUUUUGUAGAAGAUUUGCUGUCAAAUUUUCUAAAUGCUAAUACAACAUAUGCUUAAUAAAGAAGAAAGAAAUCAGUCUUACAUUUGCAAAAUUUCGAUAAUUAAUCUAAUAAUUAUAAAUAAUAGAGAUCAUGGUUUAUGAUGGUUACCAAAAUAGUAUAAAAUCAUCAUACAACAAAAGAAACGAUGUAAUGAAUUAAUAUUGUUUAAAAACAUUUGCAUACAGAAAAAGAGAAUCAAAUGUUUUAAAUAUAUUAUAUUAAAGAGUGGGGUAUUAAUCAAUGUUAAUAUUAAUUGAAAUCAUUCUGAGUAUCUUUAAAUAAAGUAAUCAUCUUUUUAAGAAUGUUUUAAUUCCACAUCACGUUCAUUUAACAUGUACUUAGUAAAUAUGCCUAUGUAUAGAAUAAUAUACAAAUUAAUAUUGUAUAAUACAUUAAUUAAAAUAAAAUAAAAUUCAUUGGA